AGCCACAGGUCAGAACAACAAUACAUUCCAACAACGAUGUUUCUACACUCUUGUAAAUAUCUAACCCCUCCCCCACUCAACAAAAACUAAAAUGAGUUGCUGGCAUGCCAUAUCUUUUACUGGCCUCUUAUAAACCCACCUCUAUUCUCAAAUCUACACUACACAAAAACAGAGUCCUCUGCUUUUACAGCUCUUUCUGAUUCUGUUCCACUCUCACGACGCCAACAAAAUACAAACUGUUCAUAUCAGACUCUUAGCCAUUCGGAAUCUCGCCUUCUUCCCUUGAAGCCGCUCGCUCUCUUACGCUUAUCUAACACCUCUAGUAAUCUUCAUCACAUAUUUCAGAUGGGUUACUACUUUUUCAUUUCAUUCUAAAAAAAUUUCGAAAAUUUUGCUCUGUUUUUUAGCACUCCCGGCCUUUCAAAUGACUCUUUUUUUAAAUUUUCGAUUGAAUUUAUUUCCGGGUGCUAGAUUUUGAUCAUUUGUUUUCUUUAGAAAAUUUUCCAUUCAUUUUUUGUUCAAGAACUUGAAUUUAAAUCCUUUUUUAGAAAACAGAGAGCGAGCGGCUGAUUUUCUUGGCUAAAUCAUGUCUGGUAACGCGAAAAAAGUCACGGGUGAAUCUCAGAUGGAUCAUGGCAGCAACCAAGACUUCGAUUACACUAGCUUAGAAGGUAGACAAUGGAAGACAGUUUUUGAAGAAGCUUCCAUGUCAACUAUUACUACUGAUAGGCCUUUUAAGCGCCAACACUCAUUUCAAUCCUCCUCUUCUUCAGCUUCCUCUUUUCCAACAACAUCAACACCGCAAUCUUCAAGGCUUUUCCCUUUUGCCUUCGACGACAACGGGUCUCAGCAGUCGAUGGAAAGCCUGCAGAAGUAUCGGACUAGUCCUCUUCCGAUACUCCCUGCACAGAAUCAUCACCAGCAGCACCAUCACCAGCAGCAGCAGCAAAUGAUAUCGUUUGCUCCGAACCACCAGGGCUUCCCCCCUUAUUUUUCGGGAGACCUGGCGCAGUAUCAGCAGCAGCAGCUGUUUCAGUACUGGACUAAUGAAUUAAACUUAAGUCCAAGAGGAAGAAUGAUGAUGAUCAAUAGGCUCGGCCAAAAUACGAAUAGGAACUCUAUGUUCAGGCCUCCAACUCAACCAGUCACACAAACUAAGCUCUACAGGGGAGUAAGACAAAGGCACUGGGGAAAAUGGGUAGCUGAAAUUCGCCUGCCUCGCAACAGGACUCGUCUCUGGCUUGGCACGUUCGACACUGCAGAGGACGCUGCCAUGGCCUAUGAUCGCGAGGCCUUUAAGCUGCGAGGUGAGAACGCUAGGCUCAACUUCCCCGAACAUUACCUAAAUAAAAAUAAACCAAAAUCUCCUGAUUCUUCGUCACAAGCUCCUGAGCCGCCUCAACAGCUCCCUGAACCCCCUUCAUCUUCAGAACUUGCACCAAGUAUCGAAUUAGGUGACAACAGUCUGACGGAUGACUCGGGGUUCGGGUCGAGUGAGGUGACCACAGGAGGUGAGGCCAAUGUUGUUAGCUCCUCAGUGUCAUCUGAACUUGUUUGGGGAGGUGUUGGAGAAGAUUGGUUCAAUGCAGUUGCAGAAGGUUGGGGUCCAGGCAGUGCUGUUUGGGAUGAUUUAGACACUAGCAACAAUCUCUUGUUGCCUUCCAAUUAUUCUUUUGGAAAUCCUCAAAAUCAAGAACCUCAUAGUUCUGAUCCUCAAGACCACAACAUUUUUUCGGCCUUUUCAUCUCAUUCUUCUUCUUAUCCUACCGAUCCUUUUUAAACCAAGCACGGAACUCCACUUCGAGCAGAGUUCCGUGUUGGCAGAGGUCUCGAGUCCGACUCCUCAAUUCUAAGGAGCUAAGGUUGUAUAUAAUCGCCUUAGCUUCCUUCUUUCACUUGUUGCUGAUUUUUGUAGCAACUUUUGAACCUCUCUCUCAUUCUUCUUUUUCCCUUUCAUUUCAGCUCAUAAACAUUCUUAUCUAUCUUUUUUACUUUUAAAUUUCUACCUCCACUGAUGCAAAAAGAAGGUUGCCUAUUUCAGACCCUUUUUGCAUUAGUAACUAGUUAAUUUACAUGUAUUAGGAGAUGUAGAGUUUGUUUCAGCUGGGAUAAUUUGCAUUAGUGUUGUAGUUAAGAUUAAUUAUGUGUAGAGACUAGGACAGAUUGGUAAGGAAACAGUUUUGUGAUUUCCUUAACCAAACUGCCAGUCAAUUGCCAGCCAUCUCAAAGCUCUGGGUUUUAUCUGCAUAGAUGGAAAAUAUAAGUAGCUCUUCUGUUGUAUAUAUUGUGCUUGCGGUGUUUAUGGCAUUGUUAUGUUUAUCUGAA